GUUUGACAAAAUAUGCAUGCAAACGGAAAUCUUUUGUAUAUAUAUUCUUUCCUCUGACCUUUCACCUGCACAUCCCAUCUCUCGCCACCAGCCACUGUCCCCGGCCAAUACUUUCCCUCGUCUCGAAUCUCUCUGCCAUGGACGGCAGGAAAGCAAUUAAGACCCACAUCAUGCGUCACUCCCUCUGUCCAGUCCCCUUCUAACAACUCGCACUUAUAAUCUAUCAGAGCAGGAAUCCAUUACCAGAGUGCUGCCAUGCCGUCGGGUGCCAAGAAGCGGAAAGCUGCCCGGCGAAAGAAGGAGGAGGGAACGGAGCAGGGCCUUGGCCACCCACCGGACUCCCCCACCAACGCUUCUCCAGACAACAACCACGACGGUAAGGAAAAGACGAGCAGCAGCAGUAGUAGUAGCAGCAGCAGCAGCAGCAGCGACGAGGAGGUGGAGCAGGAAGAGCGGAGGGAACCCGCGGCUGCCGUCGAAAUGGAGGAUAACGCUACAGUUAAUGAUGACGGUGAGAAGUUGGAGGAGGUGGCAGUUCCUGUCUCCACGGAGGCUGGAGUCGUGAGCGUAGAGUUCCUCAAGGCUGAGAAAUCUGAGGUCGCUGUGGAGGAAUCGGCGGCGGCAGCAGCGACUGCUGUGACGGUCGUUCUGAUCGAUGCGCCAGUUCCUGUGGAUGAAGAGGUCGUCGAAGCCGCCGAGGCCGCGACGGGGACUCUGGUGACUUGGCUGGAGAUUGAUUCUUUGACGCAUGAGACUGACGCCAAACCAGCGGCCGCUCUGGAAGAAACUCCUGUUUCUGAAUCGCCUCGUCCAAGUGGGGAGUUCUGCCAUAGCACCGAGAACAUUGAGCCCACUCCCGCGCCAGUGGCAGAGCUUCGAGCUUCAUGGUGGAAUUGCUGCGGAUUGUUUGAUGUUCUUACGGCUUCCAAAGACAGUAUCAGGUCAGAAAGAAGAAAAGAAUGACUUCUUUGCUUCUCUGUGCUUAAGGAAGAGCAUGAGGCAUCAAGCAGCAGUCAAUUAAUAGCUUCAUUAUCAUGAGACUGUGGAAGAAACUACACAUCCGUAACCGAGUGAUCGUGUGUAACAUCCUUUUCCUUAUUUCUUAAUAAAAACUGUAGUGACUGCCUGUGUUUUCAUUAUGUGGAUAUGAGUGAAAGUGCUAUGAUAUUCUUUCUUGUUCACAAUGUUGUGCCCCCUUCCACAAGACACUCAUCAUAUGAGUGCUCUUUGUAAGAUUGUGAUUCUUGUUUUCAUAUGUUUAGUUGUGUACAAUGCUCAUGAAGCAUGUUCUAUUAUCAGCUUCUCCA